GGCAUUGUUCUCUGUUCGCCCGGGUCGCGGGUGGGAGGCGAGGCACGCAGGGGUUCCCGAGUCUGGCUCGGCUCCAGGCCUGCGGCCUUCGGCCCUGGGGCCACUGGGGCGGCCGCGCCCGGGAGCGGGAGGCGAGCGUGCGGGGCCGGGAGGCUCAGCCCGCGCAGCCAUGGGCUCCCGAGGUUCCCACGCCGCGCGCAUUCCCGACGGGGACAGCAUCCGGCGGGAGACCGGCUUCUCGCAGGCCAGUCUGCUCCGCCUCUACCACCGGUUUCGGGCACUGGACAGGAACGAGAAAGGCUACCUGAGUCGCGUGGAUCUGCAACAGAUUGGGGCGCUGGCCGUGAACCCCCUGGGAGAACGCAUUAUAGACAGCUUCUUCCCUGACGGGAAUCUGCGAGUGGAUUUCCCAGGCUUUGUCAGAGUCCUGGCUCAUUUUCGACCUGUCGAUGAUGACGACUCAGGCAUGCGAGAUCCCAAGCAACCCGAACCCCUCAACAGCAGAAUGAACAAACUUCGUUUCGUAUUUCAGCUCUAUGACCUGGAUCGAGAUGGAAAGAUCUCCAGGCAUGAGAUGUUACAGGUCCUCCGGCUGAUGGUUGGAGUGCAGGUGACAGAAGAGCAGUUGGAGAGCAUCACCGACCGCACGGUGCAGGAAGCGGAUGAAGAUGGGGAUGGGGCUGUGUCCUUCCUGGAGUUCACCAAGUCCUUAGAGAAGAUGGACAUCGAGCAGAAAAUGAGCAUCCGGAUCCUGAAGUGACCCCCUUUGUGCCUCUGGCUGGCUUACACGGGCCAGUUCACCCUGGGAUUUGUCUUCAGCCCCCGACAGAGGCAGGGCCUCCAUAAACUGUACUCUUGUGUCUAUACUAAACUCCAUUUAAGGCCAAGGAGAGAAAGCCGGAGGGGAGUGUACUAAAUAAAGCCUAACUCAUUUGAUCUCAAA